UAGAUAGCAUAUAAGUACUUAAAAUAAAAGCUGCCCAAAUUCUGGAUCUCAGUUUAGAUGAAUCAAUGGACCAAAACUUACACAAAUUGAUUACCUGACUAUCAGAUUGAUGGACAUUUAUGGACAAUUAAAAAUAAACAAUAUCUAAUGGUUCUUUUUCUACUUAUAAGCAUCCCCAGGAAUCAGAGGUGGUGAUUAUUAAUCUAAACCGAUUUCCUGGUAUUGUUUUAUUGACAGUGGGCUUCACAAUUUAGACGGUUUAAUUUCAUUCAUGUACGCAACACAUACAAGUUUUGGGUGCCUGUGCAUCUUGUGUCAUACUCUCCCGGAGUAUAAAAUAACACCCCCAUCCAUAUUCUCCCUCUCGCCUCACCUGAAGUUGCCCAAAAGCUAGGUGGCCCAUUUCCAGUGCAACCGAUCACCUCCCAAAAUCAAUGGAAAAGGCAAAAGACCUCCAAAUCCAGGAAAUGAAAGCCCCUCGUUUGGUGAUGUUCCCACUCCCAUUUCAAGGACACAUAAAUCCCAUGCUUCAACUGGCCACUCUCCUAAACUCCAAAGGAUUCUCAAUCACCAUAAUUCAUACUCAUUUCAACUCUCCCAAUCCAUCCCACUUCCCCAACUUCCACUUUGAGUCCAUAUUGGAUGGCUUAUCGGACGAUCAGGCCUUGGACCCGAUAACCCUUAUCUCCAUCCUCAACGAUACGUGCCAAGAACCGUUCCAGGAUUGUUUGUCUCGGUUACUAUCGAAUGGCCCAGAUCCUCCAAUCAAGUGCAUCAUCACGGAUACGGUCUUCCAUUUCACUCAAGCUGUCGCCGACCAGUUAGGGCUGCCGAGGAUUGUGCUACGUGCCAAUGGUGCCACCACUGCCACUGCAACUUAUAAGCUUCUGAGAGAAAAGGGAUACUUUUCCAUGAAAGAUCAACGGCUGGAUUCGCUGGUCCCGGAGUUUCCACCCCUCAGAGUCAGGGAUCUACCCAGCUUCAGCACGGCAGAUCUUGAGAUGGUAUAUCAAUUAUCGAUCAAGAUGGAAAAUGCAAUAAAGGCCUCUUCUGGCUUCCUGGUGAACACAUUCAAUGAUCUUGAGCCAAUUGAACUGGAGAAACUAAGACGAGAUUAUCAUCUUGUUCAGAUCUUCACGAUCGGCCCACUCAAUAAAUUCUCACCGGGCUCGUCGAACAGCUUGCUGACACAAGACCACAGCUGCAUGGCUUGGCUAGACAAACAAGCACCACGGUCCGUCAUUUAUGUCAGUUUUGGGAGCUUAGCUUCCAUUAGUAAAACAGAUCUGGUGGAGAUAGCCUGUGGGCUUGCCAAUAGUGAUCAACCCUUCUUGUGGGUGGUCCGGCCUGGUUCUAUCCAUGGCCACGACUGGGUCGAACUGCCAGAAGGGUUUGAAGAGAAGACAAGGGAGAGGGGCAAGAUCGUUAAGUGGGCCCCACAACAAGAAGUGCUGGCCCACCCAUCAGUUGGAGGAUUUUGGACACACAAUGGUUGGAACUCCACGUUGGAGAGCAUAUGUGAAGGGGUCCCCAUGCUAUGUUGUCCUUAUUUAUGGGACCAAAAGGCAAAUGCUAGGUAUGUGAGCCAUCUUUGGAGGGUGGGAGUGCAACUUGAGAAUGGAUUUGAGAGAGAUGAGAUAGAAUGGGCCAUAAGAAGAUUGAUGGUGGAUACUGAAGGGGAGAAGAUGAGAGAGAGGAUAAGUGGUCUACAGGAAAAGGCAAUGAAUUGUAUAAGGAAAGGAGGUUCUUCAUAUGAGUCAUUAGAGAGUGUGGUUGAUCUUAUCAUGUCAUUUUAAAUGCCUCUUUUCUUUAUCUUUUUUCAUUUGUAUUUCAUUCCAUGGACAAGCUAUACAGGAUGUAUGAGCAGCAAAUGGAGCCGUGUUUCAGUGUAACUA